AGCAGAUUUCCCGGAUGGAAGGGCGUCUGCGCUGGCGUGAGUUCCGGCAGUUCCAGUUGUACCUCGCACGUCGCUGCUCGCACGUCGCUGCCCGCGCGGUGUUGCGUCCUUCACACCCGGAGGCCGGGGCCUCGCGAACCUUACAGCCCCCACCUCCGCCAGCCUCGCCCGCGGGGAGCCCCGCCCGGUCGCGAGACGCUGUGCUGCUGGUCUGGAUCCGCGUCUGUUUCCGAUCUGAAUCAAAGCUCUGUCCUCUCCACUGAAAGACUCAUAGGAAAAUAAGAGGAUACAGUGCCCAGAAUCCAGCUAUCACCUCUCCAGACAUUUAAACAACUCUCCAGUUCCUGAGACCCCUCAGCUCACCCAAGAAGGCAAAAGAUUUGAUUUCUUCAUCACAGUACAUGUAUACAGUGGGCAGAGAGCAAAGCUUGGUAAUCACCUUGGCAUUGCCUGGCUCUGUGAUGCUGAAGACAUUCUCAUUUCUGUGCAUUACAGAAGAGAUUCAGAUUUCCAGAGUUUGUAAGCUUUGGAAGAUGCUAGUUGAGCAUUCUGCACUAUGGAGACAUGUACCUGACACCUUACAGGACUGAAUUUUGUGUUCCCAAAAGUCAAAUGUUGGAAGUCCCAACCCUCAGAGUGUAUUUGGAGAUUGGGCCUUAAAACUGGCAAUUAAGGGGAAUUUUAAGGACCAGACUUGCAGAAUGAGUGCCACUGAUCCCUCCAAAUGGACUUUGCCCGCUUAGUGCUUGGACUGUCUGCGAGUGAAAACCCAGAGAAAGGCACCUGGCAACUGAGUUAUUGACAAUGCAGCCACUGCUCCUCCACCCUCUUCCUCAGUGCUGUCAUCUCAACUCCCACUCUGGACGUCGAUAGGGAAUGCUCUGUCUAAAACAGAAUAUCCAUGAUGUUUUAGGAAUCAGUGACAUUUGAAGAUGUAGUUGUAGACUUCACCAAGGAAGAGUGGGCCCUGCUGGACAUAUCCCAGCGACAGCUGUUCAGGGAUGUCAUGCUGGAAAAUAUACGUCAUCUGGUCUCCUUGGGAUAUCAGCAUUGCAAAUCAGAUGUGAUUUUCCCGUUGGAGCAAGGAGAAGAGCUGUGGAGAGAAGGAACUGGAUUUCUCCAAGGCCAGAGUCCAGGCAGGGAAAGUGCCCUUAAAGAACAAGAAUUGAUAGCCACACAACAUAUCAGCAGGAAGGACACAUCUAAAAUCAUGCCAGUGCAGAAAUCUCAUACUCCAGAGGAUCCCUUUGAAUAUAAUGGUUUGGAAGAAGAUUUCACUCAUACCUUCAUAUUGACUCAGCAUUUGUUAACUCACACAGAAAAGACACCUUAUAUCAGUAAACAGUGUCCAAAAUCCCUUAGUGACCAGUCGUACCUUAAUCAACAUAAGCAAAUUCACACCAGAGGUAAAUCAUGUGAGUGUCAUCUGUGUGGAAAAGCCUUUAGUAAUUGCUCGAGCCUUAGGAGACAUGAGAUGACUCACACUGGAGAGAAACCAUAUGAAUGCCAUAUCUGUGGGAAUGCCUUUAUUCAAAGCUCUGACCUUAGAAAACACAAUCUAACUCACACUGGAGAGAAACCAUAUGAAUGUCAUCUAUGUGGGAAAGCCUUCAGUCAGUCCUCCAACCUCAGACAGCACGAGAGAACGCACACUGGAGAGCAGCCAUAUGAAUGUCAUCUAUGUGGGAAAGCCUUCAGUAAAUGCUCUGCCCUUCGACGACAUGAGAGAACUCACACUGGAGAAAAACCAUACGAAUGUCAUCUUUGUGGGAAAUCCUUCAGUCAGUGUUCUGCUCUUAGACGACAUGAGGGAACCCACAAUGGAGAGAAAAUUAUGAACAUCUUCAGUAAAUAUUCUGACCUUAGAUAACAUGAUAUUAAAAAUGUAACGGAUGUGGGUGAGACUUCAACCACAGCUUUAACAUUUAAACACACCAGAGGACUUGAACACUGAAGAAACUCUACUCAGUGUAGAAGAUUCUUUAGUCAUUCUUACUCAUUUGACGUCCACAAACUUACAUGGAAGAAGUCCCUACAUGUGGGCGCCUGGGUGGCUCAGAUGGUUGAGCGUCUGCCUUCGGCUCAGGUCGUGAUCCCGGGGUCCCGGGAUCGAGUCCCGCAUCGGGCUCCCUGUUCCUUGGGAGCCUGCUUCUCCCUCUGCUUCUCUCUCUCUCUCUCUGUCUCUCAUGAAUAAAUAAAUAAAAUCUUAAAAAAAAAAAAAGAAGUCCCUACAUGUGACAUCUACGCAGCAAACCCACAGCAGACAUGAGAGAACUCUCUCUGUGAACACAAGGAAUGGAGAGGCUUCAGCAACAGUUCUCAACUUUAAACACAUUAUCGGGCCUGCACAGGGGAAAGCCCCUAGGUCUGUAAUCACUGUGAACAGUAUGCAGCCAGGCACUAGGCAUGGUGCGCACAAGAAAACUCAGUGAAGUCUGAAUAAACACUAACACAAGAUGUAAGAGGAUGAAUGCUCUUGAGGAAUAACAAUUUGUAUUGUAGUGAAAAAUCAUGAGAAACCCUUUGUUCAUAGAGAAGCAUUUAGGGCACACGUGAGGAUUCAGACUGUACACAUCACUCAGUGUCGGUGAUCACGUAUUUCUCAGCCAACAUUAAAGUUCUUACGUGAGAUGGCAGUCGUGAAAUCACAGUGGAGAGAACUUCACACAGAUUUUGUAUCAGGAAACUAAGUCUAGGGAAAAACCUCUAAAAUUAGAGCCUUUAACACAGUGUAGCCAAUAAUUCAGGAUUUUGAGAAAAAUAACUACUGAUGGGGAAAAUGUGGCAUAUAAAUGCAAAAAAGUGAUCCAUGCAUAUUGAAUACAGUUUUGUAAGAGAUACUUUUUCAAUACGUUAUUUCCUGUAAAUAUUUAUACAAUAAACCCUGUUGCUGAAAAAUC